AUGGCAGACACUACUGCUACCACCGAGGUGAAAGAUGAGGUGGCUCCUCCAGAGAACCUGAAUGGCUCUGCCCAGCCCAAUACCCAAGAAGUCAAAGACGCCGUCACCCCCGCUCCGGAGGCGCCUUCGAAACUCUGCAAAAAGCACCAGGACAAGAAGAAAAAGAAGAGCAAAAAAAGGGCCGAUGAUACAGAUAGCUCUUCUGAUUCUUCCUCUUCUUCCAACUCCGACAGCGAUGCCGACUCCGAGGAAGAAUCCGAUUCUACAGAGAGCGAGUCCGAUACCGACAAACGCAAGCGACAUCGUCUACGAAAAGCGCGUGCUAGACGUGCACUGAAGGACAGGAAACGUCGCAAGAAGAAGAAGCAACGGUCGCGCAAGGCCGUCGAUGAGAUAUCGGAUUCGGAUUCGGACUCUUCCUCUGAGUCGGAGUCGGAGGCCUCUACCGACUCCGAGGAUGAGAUCGACGAUAAAGCAUUGAGGAAAUUGGUCUCCAAGCUGAAACUGAGCAAGAAACGUGCGAAGAAGCUGCGCGAACUAGCGACUGACGAUCUGGCGGCGAGCGAUCCGUUGGGGGAAACUCGCCGCGAGAAGCGGUCUAAGAAGAAGAAGCCGGCAUCGAAAGUGGCUUAUAAGCGUGUAGAUCAAUUAUGGGACACCACCAUCCACAAGUACAAACUCACCGAGACUGUGGAUGACCCCGAUGCCGACGAAUGGGAUCAAUACAUCUUCAAUGUCCGGCGCAAGUUCAAUUGGGAAAAUAAGUAUAUUGAGACCGUUGUCGAUAUCAAGAGCAAAUAUCUGCGUGAUGCCCUCGCCAAGAUCAUGGAUGGCGUCAAAGGCGUCAGUCUCGUCCAGGAGCCGGCUGUCGUCGAUCCCAAUAUGCUGUUCCUGUAUCUGGAGGAGACUCGGCAGUCUAUGAAGGAUCUGAAGAAACAAUCACGCAACGAGAAAAAGAAAAAGGCCAGGAAGUCUGCCGCUGCCAAAGCUGCCCACUUGAAGGUCCUGGUCAAAUACCUCGACACCGACUAUGCAGACAUCAAAAAGACUCUAUACCCAUUGCUUGAAGCUAACACUAUCACGUUUGAUCUGCUGUGGGCCCUGUAUAAGCCUAACACUAUCGCCUACACUCCCACAUAUGGCAGCUCAGACGAGCCACGCGCCUUCAAGAUCGAGUACGCCGUCAAGGAGUCCUCCUUCAUGAAGGGCCAGUGGUACAGUGUCGACGGCCGCUACCUUGAGUACGAUGGCAAGGACUAUGGCUUUGGUUCUAUGUCCGCCGAAGUCGAAGCCUUCAAGGGUGCCCGUAAAAUCACCAGUCUGGCCUGCUACCCACUGAAAUACCAUCGUGAUGCCGAGGCCUUGCGUGCCCGUCUUAUCGAACGUGGCAAGCGCUUCGUCGCCUUGCGAGGUAUGAACUACCGCUUCCACAAGGGUAUGGCCUUCUACAAGAAGAAGCGCUCUUUCGUCAUCAAGGUCAACAUCAACGGCCGCGUCAUGAUCGACCCGGCUAUUCACCGACGCAUUAACCCUAACUAUCCCAUCUCCACUGUCCGUCCCAAGGACCCGGACCUGGUAGACAUGGAAGAUCUGGGGCUUAGCGAUGGUGACGAUGAUGAUAGCGAUGGCUGCUGCUGUGGUGGAUCGGACUCGGACUCUGAGCACGGUGGCUCCUCCGAUACCCCGCGGACGAUGUACAAGGUCAUCGAGGAUGCAGAGGGCUGUCCACGUGUAGUGGAGGUUGAGAUUGACGAGAAUGGCGUGGAGAUUGAGAAGGAGAAGAUCGACCGCAUUGAAGGUGCCGCUGAUACUAAGGAGCGUGAAUUCACCGAGGAGGAAUUGCUUGUUGCGUCUCCAGUUGUUCUAGGCUUCGCCUUUAGCGAGAAGCUUUGGCUCGAGUUCACCAUCUCCGGUAUCAGCGAUAUCGAAUGGGAUAAGGAAGCUUUUGGCUCGCUCGUCCUCCCAUCGAACCAAAAGUCUAUCGUUAAGGCCCUCGUUGAGUCGCAUACCUUCCACGCCGCGGAGAAUAUCGACGAUGUUAUCCAGGGCAAGGGCAAGGGACUUGUUGCCGUGCUACAUGGCCCACCGGGUACUGGUAAGACUCUGACGGCAGAAGGCAUCGCCGAGCUACUCCGUCGUCCAUUGUAUAUGGUCAGCGCUGGUGAACUCGGAACAGAUUCCCGGACACUCGAGGCUGAGCUGAACAAGAUCUUGGAUAUUGCGCACUCCUGGGGCGCAGUGCUGCUCCUUGAUGAAGCUGAUGUCUUCCUCGAGAAGCGCACUAUCCAUGAUAUCCACCGCAAUGCCCUCGUUAGCAUAUUCCUCCGUCUGCUGGAAUACUUCCAGGGUAUCUUGUUCCUAACUACCAAUCGUGUUGAGACCUUUGAUGAUGCCUUCCAGUCGCGCAUCCACGUUGCCUUGCGCUACGGCGAUCUCACAUCCAAGGCAAAGAGGAGUAUUUGGAAGAUGUUCUUAGAGCGUGUGCGUGCCAUUGAGGGUGUGCGGAUUGCUUCGUUCUCUGAGGAGGAUUAUGAUAUGCUUUCCAGGCAUACCCUGAAUGGACGACAGAUCAAAAACUCCGUCCGCACCGCGCAAGCUCUGGCAGUCAAUGAGAGCUCGCCUCUGUCCAUGGAGCAUAUCAAGCGAGUGUUGGAGGUAGCCGAGACAUUCGACCAGGACCUCCGUGGCGGAACUGGAUACCUAGACGCCAUGCGAAGCUAUACUUGA